AUGUCUUGGAAUGCUUAUACUGAUAACUUAGUUGCUACUGGAAAGAUUGACAAGGCUUCAUUAUAUUCAAGAGCUGGUGAUGCAUUAUGGGCAGAAUCAGGUGCAUUUGGAUUACAACAAAAUGAAAUCACCGAAAUUGCCAAAGGAUUCGAUGAAGCUUCCGGUUUACAAGAACAUGGAUUACAUGCUGCUGGACAAAAGUAUUUCUUAUUAAGAGCUGAUGAAAGAUCUAUCUAUGGGAAACAUGAAGCUGAAGGGCUUGUUGCUGUUAGAACAAAGCAAGCAAUUUUAGUUGCACAUUAUCCAUCUGGUGUUCAAGCUGGAGAAGCUACUACUGUUGUUGAAAAAUUGGCGGAUUAUUUAAUUAGUGUUGGUUACUAG